AUGAUCGAAUUUUUAUAUACUGGGGAAAUUAAAGAAGAUAAAUUUGAAGAACUAGGGGAGGAUUUAUAUGCAAUUGCUCACAAAUAUGAAGUUGAAUCUUUAAAAGAAGAGUGUGAGCGCCGAAUGGGUUCAUCAAUUAGUCAGUUUAAACUUAAAAAUAAAUUUUGUUAA